GGAUACUUCAAAUUCAUAACAGAGGGGAAGAGAGACAAUGGGGAACAGAGUCGAUGAUGAUGAAGAACGGAGGCGAUGGUGAUAACAAAGAGAAUGGGAAGGGCUAACCGGUGUUCUUCUAUAGAUCAGCCUACUGUUUACCGCACACCCCCACACCCUACAUGGCCUUUUUGUUUUAUUUUUUUAUUCUUUUUAUUUUUUUCUUCUUUUUCUUUUUCUUACUUGUUGAUACACUCGUUUUGAGGAGAAGGGAAAUUUUGAAUUUGCACUCAUUUCAUCCCACGUUCACCCCUCCUCUGCUAAAAACCCGUGCGCCCCUCGCCCAGCUCCAUCCCGAGAUGCCCCUCCCUCUGUCCAGCGCCACCCCACUAGCGACGCCCCUCCCUAUACCCAGGAUGACCCUCCCUCUAUCCAGUGCCGCCCCUCAUUCGAGGUUUAUAAAAUGUGUCACAAUAAGCGACGGUGCCGUUGGCAAGACUAGAUAUGAAGCUUCUCAUUUGAGAAAUAAUGAUGGAGAUCGAAAAAUGGGAUUGGACAGCACUUGGACACUUAUAGAACUGAAGAUUUAUGGAAAUAGUUGCAGCCAAAUAGUCGCCGUGGGAGUUGGUUUUGUCUUUGUUGUUGCAUUUGUUUACACUGAAGUUAGAGAAGUACAAUACUUUGUUGUUAUUUUAGUUUGGAAACUGAACUGGUGUAUUUCCUUUCAUUCAUGUAUGUUGAGUUAUUCUAGUUAAUGAGUCUCUGUGAAGUAGGAAGUCUGUUAUGUGCUCCAGCAGUUGUAUUUUUUAUUUUAAUGAAAUGAGGUGCUGCUUGGACAAGACAUGCUAUUCUUAUCAUUAUAUGCAGCUUCUUUUGUUCCAAUUGUGGAGA